GCCAUUUUGAAUAAACAUAAGAACGAUUUUCAUUUUCUGCUCCCCGUUCCUUUCAUUGCUCGAGAUAUCUCUGCUUAGUGCUUUACAGCAGAAUAAUUGUUUGAAAAUAAUUAAAUAAAUAAACGAGAGAGGGGAAACAACUUUUUUUUUGCGCGCGAUGGCUCUCGCUCUGUGCAGAUAGUUAAGAGGAAAACGGUCUCGUGGCAGCUGCGGGGUUUCAGAGAGAGCGCGCGCGGGGCAGCAGCAGCGCCACCGCUGCACGAACCUGACUAGCACUAACUGACAAUCAGUGCCAGCAGCCCGUCUGCAGACACACAUCGGGGUGUCAGUUCUUCUGAGGCGUGUAUUCGAGGAGGGCGUGGUGGGAAGUUGACCUCAUGCAGAUUGAUGCUAGGUCAUUCUGUGCUGUCUGCAUUCUGCCACUCAAAUGCCUGUCUGCCUGUGGAGGAGGUGUAACUAAGGAUUCACACGUUUCAUCAGCUGGUCUGUGCUUCCUGCUGCAGCGACCACCAUCAUGUUUUGGAAGUUUGACUUGAACAACACCUCCCAUAUUGACCAGCUGCUGGAUCGGGAGGGCGUGACUCUGAGAGAGUUGAUGGAAGAGGAAGAUGUCCUGCAGGAAUGCAAAGCACAGAAUCGCAAGCUCCUGCUCUUCAUCUCCAAGGAUCACUGCAUGCAGGAGCUGGUUACCCUCAUCACAGAAGAGCCUCCUGCUGAUCUGGCGGAGAAAACACGCUUCAAGUUUCCAAAUAUUGCAUGUGAACUCCUGACCUCUGAUGUUUCUCUUAUCAAUGAUAAGCUGGGUGGAGAUGAAUCCCUAUUGGAGAAGCUCUACCACUUUCUGGAGCAGGAGCCACCCCUUAAUCCCCUGCUGGCCUCCUUCUUCAGCAAGACCAUUGGCAACUUGAUUGCACGCAAAACAGAACAGGUAAUCUCUUUCCUAAGGAAAAAACACAACUUUAUCAGUCUGGUGCUGAAUCACAUUGAUGCCUCAGCAAUGAUGGACCUAUUGCUGCGCCUCAUCAGCUGUGUAGAGCCUGCCCCGUUAAGAAUUGAGGUCCUUAAAUGGCUGAAUGAAGAGAGGCUCAUCCAGAGACUUACCGAACUCAUGCACACAGGGAGAGAUGAAGAGAGACAAUCUAAUGCAUCCCAGACUCUUUGUGACAUCAUCCGUCUCAGUCGGGACCAGGCCAAUCAGUUGUCAGAGGUCACAGAUCCAGACCCCUUACUCGCUGUCUUGGAGUCACAAGAGAAUGUGGCAGAGCUUUUAAAGAACAUGUUUGAAGGGGAGAGGACUGAAGCGUCUGUCGUCAAUGGAACGCAAGUGCUUCUUACGCUGCUGGAGUCACGGAGGCCAGGGCUGGAGGGUCUGAUGGACCUAUAUUCUCAGGGAUGUGAAAGGUCUUACACUGUCAACAGCAGUAUUUUACGUGCUAUUGAGCCUCAUCUAAAGGACUUCCAGCAGCUCCUACUGAACCCUCCUAUGAGAAGUGCAAUACUCACUACGCUGGGCAUUCUGGAGCAGCCUCUGGGAAACUCCCGCCUUCAUGUGGCCAGACUGGUGGCUUCUCUGCUGCAGACUUGUGACCUCAGCAUCUGCCAAGAGAUCUGCAGACUCAACACCAUGGACCUGCUGUUGGAUUUGUUCUUUAAAUACACUUGGAAUAAUUUCUUGCACUUGCAAGUUGAGCUGUGUGUGGUGUCCAUACUGAACCACUCUGCCCACACGGAGUUCCAAAACCCAGGCCUUCAAAACCACAAGGAGAGGUCAGCAAUGGGCACAGGCAGCAAGUUGGAGGAGGGAACACCUGGACAAAUCUGCAACUCAGACCCAGAAACCACACCCAUUCAAGAUGCUCUUGUCACCAAUCUCUUCCAGCAUUGCCAGCUGGUACAAAGGAUUCUAGAUGCCUGGGAGGAAAAUGACAAAAUCCAGGCUGAAGGGGGCAGACGAAGGGGAAACAUGGGUCACUUGACAAGAAUUGCAAACACUGUGGUUCAGAACCUGGAGAAAGGGCUGGCUCACUCCCAAAUGAAUGAUCUAAUUAAAGAGCUGUCAGAGGACUGCAGAGGUCGCUGGGAGAGUUUUGUGGGUGAGACUCUGAGAGAGACCAACAGGAGAAACACAGUGGAUUUGGUGAGCACCCAUAACUUGCACUCAUCUAGUGAGGAUGAUGACAUGGAGUGUCCCUUCCCCAAUGAUCUGUCCAUCCAGCAGGCAUUCUCAGAUUACCAGAUUCAGCAGAUGACAGCCAACUUUAUAGAUCAGUUUGGCUUCAACGAUGAGGAGUUCAGUGAACAUGAUGAAAACAUCAAUGCUGCGUUUGAUCGAAUUGCUGAAAUAAACUUCAAUAUAGACACAGAUGAUCAUAGUGCCAAUGCUGUGGCUUUUGAGGCGUGUUGUAAAGAGAGAAUACAGCAGUUUGAUGACUGUGAGGAAGAGGAAGAUAUCUGGGAUGAAAAAGAAAUCAACUAUGCAACAAAAAUCAAAUCCAGAUCAAGGUUUGGGUUGUCUCUUUAUUCAGACAGCUCACCCAAGAGUGCCAUGAGAAAUGGAGGUGGAGACCGCAGGUCGGCCUCUAAGGAAGAGGACACUGAGGGAGAUUCCAGUCCUCUCUCCACACAUACACCGGCCAGCAGGACUACAGAGUCCCCACAAAACCAAGGCUGGACGGCAAGUUUUGCCGAAACAGAGGGCAGCUCUUCUAGUUCCUGGGGUGGCUCUCCUCAGCAGGACGGAGAGGGCCAGCAGGAGACUGUCUGGGCCACCUUCACAGAGUUCCAACCUUUUAGCAGCACAGAAUCCAGGCAAACUGAGGGACAGCCUCAACAAGGCCAAGAGAAGAACUUGGCUGAUAGCGGUUCAUCUACAAGAGAGUGGGGGGCAAGUCCUGAGCAGAAAGCUCCACUGAUGGCUUCAGACAGCAGCUCAUCUGGAGGCUCAGAAAGUGAAGAGAACCCUGGAGAGAAUAAAACUGAAGGCUCCCCUAAAACAGCUGCCAAGCAGACAACACCACCUACAAGUGAAGUGGCUACUGAAGCUCUGGAGAAGCUCAGCAUCACAGACAGAGCUGAUAAUAGCAGCAAGUCUUCAGCACCUACAGAAGACUCAGACACCACUGUGACGGAGAUGAGAGUUGAGGCACCUUCUUCAGCUGAGAUCACACCUAAUGGACCGGUCUGAAAGCUCUGGAUAAAAGAGCCCAACCCAUAUCUGGGCUGACCUACUUUCCGUCUCUUCCAUUCUGAACCCCCAAACCUCAAUACCACUUUUGGUGUUUAAAUAAAGAAUGCUGCCAUGUUAUUGGUCCUGGACACUGCCAAUCAGCCCAUCAUUGGAGGAUGAACCGAGGGGCAUGUAACACAAACCAGUAACCAGUACAGUGCUCAGAGGUGUUAGUCUUUUAAUCCUUUCAACUUUGUAUGAGAUAUGCACAGUUUUAAAUGUAGCAGUGACCAUGUGAUUACAGGAUCUGUCAGGAUUUAUUUCUUUUCUUUUUGGGUUGUCGUCGUCACUUAAUUUUUUCUGGAUUAUUUUUCACUCGCAGCCUUGGAUGGUAGAAAACGGGAAUGUGAAGGCCCUAUUUGGAAUGCACAGGCUCUUCAUUCAUGGCAUAACAUCAUUACAUCCUCAUGCCAAAUCAAAAACCUUGUUGCCUGACAACCACCUCCGCAACAUUUUACUGUACGUUAAAGCAGAACUGAAGUUUGCUGUAACGCUUGACACUUUUUUGCACCGUUCACCGCCCUGCCAAGGUUUUUUUUUUUUUACAAUCAGAUUAUUAUGGCCUAACUCAUGAAAUCAUUUAUUUUAAUGUUCUGAAGUGCUUUGGGGGAGGUUGAAGAGAAUUUUGUAAGUUUGAGAUGAUAUUUCAGCUUUGAGAUGGUGUCCAUGUUGGCACUUGUGCAAUAAUGUUUAGCCAUUUAAUUUAAAUUUCGGACUCAUUCAGUAACUAUGCGUUAAUGUGAGGGUGUGCCUAUUUGUAUUAUUUAGGCUCUUGUUUUUCAUUGCAUGCAAAGCGUUAUUUAUCUUAACUGUUUCUCCGAUGUUUUAGCUAGUUUGUCAAGACCUUCUGAUUGUAUUGAAUUCCAUUCAUCCAUUGUUUUCUCUCCUCAGAUCAGCCAGACAGUAUCUGCAAAGUUAUAUUUCUAGUCUAUUUUCUGCUUAAUGUUAAGCUUUGCCUAAACGGGAUCAUGGGUUUUAAGCAAAAAGCUAAAAGUAAUCAUAGUACCCUUUGCCUUAAGUUACAAAAUCCCUGUAAGAGGACAAAGGUUCACCUCUAAAAAGCAAACAGGCUUUUUUGUCUGUUUUUAAAUGUCAGAAAUAACUGACAAUGCACCCCCCCACCCCCUUACGAAAUGCUCGACAGGACAGUGUUAUGCAUCAUCAGACUUCCUUUUUAUCAGAACUCUCGCUACAUGCUUUCAGAAAAAAGAUUUUAAACUUGUCUCAGAACUUUCCGGUAGCUCUUGUGGAAAUACUAAAAUCCACCUCUUGUAUUAUUUCAUCUUGAACAUCAUGUGAUUUAAUUUCUCUCCAGUUCUUAUCACUUAGUUGUCCCGUAUCAUAUCUCUGCAAUCUUAUGAUGGUACCAAAUCUAGGAUUGGGAUGUUGCAUUAUUUAUUUUGCACUUAAUUGAGGUGUUAGUGUGAAAACCCAGUCUCCCAUUAUGCAUUGGAACACCAUGAGUGUUUGCUCUUCUAUGCCUUUCUGCCUCUGGAAGUCAAUCCUCAAUUGGCUCUGCUUCUUAUAUAUACAUGUUCAAAUAGGUUUGAUUCCAAAGCCAAAAGUCUGUAUUUGCCCCUUUUUUUUUCUUUCUUUCUUUUUUUUUUUUUUUUUUUCUUUGUUUAAAAAAAAAAAAUCUUAUUUUUACCUUUAACCAAUAUUAUUUUACAUUGUAGAGAUUCUAAUUUAUGUGAUCUUCAGCAACCAAAAUAUUGAUUUGUUCAAUUCUGUUUCUGUGUCUGGACUGUUUCUCUACAUGAUUAAUUCACAGACGAGUCUCUGUUAUACAGCUGUAAGGUCAAGCAGAUGAUGGUUGAAUCGUUUUAAAAAAAAAAAAAAAAAGAUGCGUAACUUAUUCACAUUUUUCAAUUUUAUCUUUUAACCAGUUCUUUAAAUAUAUGGUGCACUCAGUGCUACUAUUGGGUGAAGAAAUAGGUUUCUCAGUGUUCCGUCUAAAAAUUAAUGUAUAGGUACAGUACGGUCUGACCCUAUAGCUCAGCACACUAAAGAGUUUUAUUUGCAAGACCCUUUAUUUGUUUGAGAAAGCAGCACUCAAAUCUUAGUUGCUGCAGCUUUAAAAAAAUUAUCAAAUUCUCAACUUUAUUUUUAAAAGCGACAUUUUAUGGAUUUCAUUGAUGUUUUCGAGACUUAAUUGUGGUAAUGUGUAUAUAUAACACAGAUUUUAUGAAGCAUCCAAAAACAGAUAUGAAAGAUAUUUUUCCAUUGUGACUGGUAUUUAUCAAAAAUGGUAUAAAAAUAGUUCUCAGCCAAACAUUAACAUUUGUAUAGACUGGGUCUGUACAUUAUAUUGUUGCCUAUAUCAGUGUUUAUUUUGCUAUGUUCAGAAUUGAAUAAAUCUAUUAUUGAAAUUAUUCUUAUUCAGGGCAUUUCAAUGGCAAGGCAUUUAUAAAAUGGGUUAAUUUAAACAAGUUCACCAUCUUUUUCGUUGCUCGUGUAGCUUAGCACUUUAAAACCUCUGAAUGGAACUAAAUGGAAGCCUUCUCAAGAAUCUACAAACUACUUUAAUAUAAACACAUGCAGAGUUUGGAUGUGUACAUCACAUGUAUUGAUGGGUCAGAACAGAUGCUAGAGUUAUUCUUGGGGUUUCUCUGCUUCAGGGGUGGAAAGAUUACUGAAAAAUUAUACUCAAGUAGAAGUACUGUUACUUCCCAAAACAUUUAGUAAAAGUAGCUGUCCUAAAAACUACUCAAGAGUAAAAUAGUAGCUAAUUUAAAAGUAUUCAUAUGCCCCAUUAUAAUGAACAAUAUAUGCCAACUUUUAAAAUGCAUCACUUAUCUAUGAUAAACACUACAUGAGUCUGAUUCCAAAAAAUAAAAGGGAAACAUGAUAACAGACAUUAAAAGAUUAAAAUGUUAUUUUCAAUAUACUGAUCACCAUUUUAAAUCAGUUUAUGUGUAGGGUCUGAAUUUCCCUUAAUGCUGACGGGGUGUUAUUGUUGUGCAUAAAAUAUGUCCAAACAAUGCAAGGAAUGCAAAAAAAAAAAAAAAAAAGAAGCUUAAUAAGCAGGAUCACUUGGCACAGCAUGUCCUGCACAAUAGAGGAUGUAUAGCUGGCAUGGGAAAAGUUGUUUGGUACAGGAGCUACAUCACUCUUAAAAAGGAAUAAUUCACACAAAACCUUUCUUUCUUCUGCAGAACACAAAUUAAGAUUUUUAGAAGAAUAUCUCCGCUCUUUUGGUCCAUACAAUGAAAGUGAAUUGUUGCUUUUUCAUAAAAGUAGUCUAAUCCAUGUGCCUCCAGUGAUUUAAUCUGCCUUUAGAAGUGAUAUGAUAGACGUGGUGAGAAACAGAUCAAUAUUUAAUUCCUUUUUUACUAUUAAUUCUCCCUGCUC